AUGCUACUCCUUCACCAGACAGGCUCCGUCAAGGUCGGUGAAGUUGUACGAUACACAGUGACCUACACUCCCGGCCAGGACCGCAUACUCCCGCUUCCUUCUCAUCUCUAUGUCAAGAUCAAGAACACCGCCGCGAUCCCUUUGCGGGCUGCUUAUCUACAUGGACCAUACACCCUCUACGUAGCUUGCUAUCCUUCAACAUUCGAUCCUUACCAAAAACAUGAAAGAGUCAAGGAAGAGGGGGCCCCCGAGUUCGAACCACAAUUGAAAGCGGGCGGGCAGUGGAGUGCUAAACUGACCAUACCAGACGAGGUGCGCCGUGAUGCUCAACAUGGUAACGACGGGCAUGGCGCUGCGGGGAGAGGUGAGCAAAAGAGUUUUACGUGGAUCGUAGAAGUGGCUUCGCAAGUCAUCUUCUCGAAGACGGCCAGCGUGCACUAUGAAGUCCUUGUCGGACGAGACGAGAAGUCGGUCGACCUGGGAUUUCACGGAGCCAUCGGGUCGGGACAUGGUGCGCCGGGAAGAUUAGAGGACCACCAGCAAAGCCGGUCGAGGAAUGCUGCAUACCCCAAGGGCGUCUUUUCCAAAGCAGUCAAACUGGUUACUGACGACACCCAGAGCCUUUGGAACAAACCCCCUUUUCCCGAGUGGGACGAGGAUGGUCAAGUUAAGGGGGAGGAAGGACCCCGACUUGGCGACAAGCGAGACAUCGGCGCCAAGGUUGACAAGAAGCAGCGCAAACAAAAGAAAAUCCAUCUUGUCCUGCUCACUCAUGGUCUGCACAGUAACUUGGGUGCAGAUAUGCUGUACAUGAAGGAAAGUAUCGAUACCGCGGCGAAGCAGGCACGGGAAGAUGCUAGACGGAGACGAUCGGAAAGAAGAGCCCGACGGGUGACGGCGUCUAAUCAAUUUGGGCGAGAUGCUAUUGACCAGAAAUCAAAAUCUGCACCCGAUGUGGCGAUCACAGGCACCGAGGAGGAUGCAUAUGAAACUUCAGAUGAAGAGGAAGAGGAAGUCUAUGUGCGAGGAUUCCAUGGCAACGCGGUCAAGACAGAACGUGGGAUUCAAUAUCUCGGCAAGAGAUUCGCCAAAUAUGUUCUUUCAAUUACCUACCCCGAUCAGCCAUACCUACCAGUUAAGAGCUCGCUAGGCAAAUCUCUCUCCGAAUCACUGGCCACGUCGAAACCGACACCGGAAGAUGGAGCGCAGCCUGCCCACAAAAACAGCAGCAUCAUCAAAGAUGAGAACCAUCGAAACCACAAUCUUCCCUACAAAAUUUCAAGUAUCAGCUUUGUCGGUCAUUCUCUCGGUGGACUCAUACAAACGUAUGCCAUUGCCUAUAUUCAGAAGCAUUCGCCGGAUUUCUUUGACCUGAUCAAGCCUGUCAAUUUUGUGGCAAUGGCUAGCCCUUUCCUCGGUCUGAGCAAUGAGAAUCCAGUCUAUGUCAAGUUCGCACUUGAUUUUGGCCUUGUAGGCCGCACCGGGCAGGAUCUGGGACUUACCUGGCGGCCACCCACCCUUGCAAAGAGUGGCUGGGGUGCCGUCAUUGGUGGCUUAACAAACGAAGCACAAAAGGGACUGAGAGAGCCUGAUCCGGGAGCGAAACCGUUACUUCGCAUCCUGCCGACGGGCCCCGCCCAUGUUGCUCUCCAAAAAUUUCGAAAUCGUACCGUCUAUUCGAAUGUGGUCAACGAUGGGAUAGUACCGUUGAGAACAUCUUGUCUCUUGUUCUUGGACUGGAGAGGCCUGGGACGAGUCGAGAAAGCCAGACGGGAAAGUGGUUUGGUAGGUACAAUGGUGGGAUGGGGGUGGGCAGAGAUGACCGGUCAAAAUGCCACUGCUCCUCGGAAACCACUGACGUGGAAUGACCUCUUCAGCGAUAGCGGCGACGAUGUGAGCAAUGCGGGCAAGUCAUCGCCAGACCCACAAUCGAGUGUUCCUCAGGCGGAGGCAAGUCAAGGAUUUGAUUACGACGAAAGGGCCGAGCCAGAUGAGGGUCAAUUUUUGGCUGAAAAGGCCACUUCGCUCAGUUCAGAACACGGCACGGGGGGUGCUUCCUCAACCUUCUCGGCCCCGAAUCUAUGGACAGAAUUACUCAAUUUCUUCAAGCCACAUGCUGGUCAUCACAGACCAGAGCCAAAGAGUCCCCGAAAGACACAAAAGAUCUAUCGUCGCGGGCAAACGAUGCACCAUCACCCUGCUCCGUCAGAAGACACUUCACAAGAGGGUUCUGGAGAAUGCAAUGACAACGACGGAUGCGAUGGUCAGAAGGGUCUAGUUCGAGGGUCAUCGUUGUAUACCAACAGCACUGAAAUCGGCGACGUAGAGGCCCCGCCACGGACGACAUUCUUCGAAUCCGCAGGCGAUGUCCUCAGCCCUCCUCUGCCUCCACGGGAUUUCCUCAUCGACCCCCGGGCCCGGCCGAGAACAAUAUGGCAUGACCGAGUCUACCAUCCACAAGACAUUCCACCGCCUCCAGCGAAACGACAACGAACGUUCAUGGUUAGACGAUCCUCCUCUUGCGAUGGAUCCCAACCAUCUCUCUUCUCGCCGACAACUCCGACCGAUCCUCACCGCCCUCCGUCAAGCCAGUCCUCCACUUCGAGCCAGACAGUCGGCACGAUGAAGAUUGAAGAGAAAAUCGCACGCGCCUAUCAUAAGGACCUGUCGUGGCGCAAAGUUCUAGUUCGACUUGAACCGGAUGCUCACAAUAACAUGAUCGUACGCCGAAUGUUCGCCAACGCCUAUGGCUGGCCUGUUGUCAAGCACGUGUGCGAUACACACUUUGCAUAUACCGCGGCGGCACAGACACGGGAUGAAGAUGAGAAGACCACCGACCGGGCGAGGUCAAGUCAUAUGGGCGUCGCUGCCGGAGGGGAACAGGUUAAAGGCCAGACCGACAUGCCGGCAGAAGAGGCCGAGGAAGAAAUCCGCAAAAGGAAGCACGGCGAAACGGAUGGGCCGCCCUGGCCGCGAAGCGCAGAUGAUGUCGUCCUCACAGCGGUUCGUCCACAAGAAAUUGACGGCGUGCAUGAUGAGUUACAAGGAUUGCACACUCAAUGGAAAGUGCAGGACGGCGUGCGCCAGCGCAACAGUCGGACGGAGUCAGAGAUCCGCGAAUCCCGCGACGAUAUAUCAGAGCUCGUUUCGAGAGUGAGUGUGACCGGUGAAAGCAGUAAUGCGACCAGCUACAGCAGCAUGAAUUCGGGCAGAGCCGCGUUGGCGCGCUUAGCGAGACAAGACAGUGCCAGAUGGAGUGAUCAUUUCUUUGAGGGAAGCGAUGACGGAGAAGAUGAAGAAGACGACGAUUCCGUACUGCUGGAAGAAUGGAGGAAAGCAAGACAUCGAGGCGAGUUGGAUAAGCUGAAUGACAACUUCGACGGGGCAGGCGGGCUUGAAGCGAGAAUUGCCAAUAGCUUAUCGUCGAGUCCGCGGAAUACGAAGCUCAAUCCGACCAAAGAGAAAGCUGGACCUUCAACACCGGGCCCAGACAAGCACAUGAUCACCUCGCCGGAAACGCCACUCUCCGCCGAGCCCGCGGAAUUGGAACCUCUUUCGCAUUCCUCUGGGACGAACACCCCCCGUGCUGAGCCCGGUAUAGAGUUGGGGCCUGGAUCAAUCACCUCGUUGAGCACUGAUGGCGGGCUGGGCUUGUUCCUAGGCGAAAACAUCGAAGACAGACAGAGUCGAGAGAUACGACGUGGCAGAUUAGGUUCAAGUGUGCAUGCCAGUGCCGGUGUAAGGAGAGAAAGUCUCCAUGUUGCGGAGCAGGUCGUUUUGGUGCAGAGCAAGAAAGAGAAGCAACGGGAGCGUGAUCGAUCUGCGUCGUGA